GCCGCUGAGCUGUUUGUACGUUGUUGGAUUCUAGGGAUUAUUUCUCACGGGUCUCAGCAUCAAGCUUUCAAGAUAUUUUCGGUUUUUUUCGCUGUCGUUGAUGCAAGAUUGUUCUACUGAAACGUAAGAAUUAUUUAAACGAUGGCUGAAGGCGACAGUUAUGGGUGCAAAACGUAUUUUUUGAUUUCGCUCGAAGGACUCCUAUAUUUGCUACAGUUCGUUCUUGGUGUGAUUGCAUUUGCAUUGGUUUUGAGUCAUGAAGAAUCCAGCAUUUUCUCUCAUUAUGGCUUCUUCAUUGUCGUCAGUGCUCUGUGUUGGAUUGGAGCAUUACUCAUCAUCUUCUUCCAUGUGGUUGGUUGCUGCAAAGUCAAGAUACUGGGUGUUUGGCAGAGGGAAUAUUCUCUGUGGAUUUUUCUGCUGAGUUACUCCUUGUCGUAUUUCUUCUUCUUCUUGUUCUCCUCGGCUCUUUUGUCUCAGUGGACCCUGAAGUCUGCGCAGUUUAUCAUAGCAGCAAUCUGUGGUUUUAUUUUGGUGAUUGUGUUUUUCAUCCUGUGUAUUAUCUACUAUCGCCGGGUCAGAAAAAUCAGGCUGACAGAGGUGGCCUGGGAAGGCGAUAAAUCAACCAGGGCCUAGACAAGAGACAGUUGUUCAAGACUGGCUGGGAAAAGCUUGUAAAUGCUUUUCUAGCAACAAUUCUAAGCAGAAAGAAAGUUGUACAACUGAAGGCAUUUGCUUAUGUAAUUUUGCUAAGACUUUGUUGGUGGAAAUCAAGGUGUUUAUGACUGUAUAAAGCUUUUUUAAUAACAGAAUUUGUCCAAAAAUGGAAAUUAUUGUACUUUUCCUAUGUGUGAGCACAAAGGAAUUUUUUGAGGACAUGAGUAUUGUUGCUGGAUUUAUUUCAUUGGUUUGCUUAUUUUUAACUUAACUAACAUGUACAUUAUUUAUGUUUUGUUUCUCACUAACUUAUGGAAGAAUUAAUAUCUAUAAGUUGCAAUUUAUUACUUUUUAUAAAUGUAUUGCCAGGAGCUGACAAUGCAUUGAACAGUGCACUUCUUGGUUUUAACAGAAGGUUUUUUUAGAUCACUUUUUUUCACUAAUUUAGUUUAUGGAUAUUAUUCCUGGAUUAAAAUGAGAAUAUGUAGACUUAGUUUUUCUUACAGACUGACUUGGCAUGAAGGCAUUCAGGGGAUGAACAGCAAAUUCUUUCAGACUUUGUAAUUAGUUUGUUGUAAAACCCUGGAUCUUGCGCCAAAGGGAUUAUUGACCAUUGUCCAUUAAGGGUGCUCCUUAGAUUAUAGUGAAAUUGAAAACUUUCCUUUUCAAUUGUCUAAAUGCACAGGAGCUGGAACAUGAUUGUAACUAUCCUGAUACUGCUUAGGGUGGUUUGCUCAAAGUGUUGAUUGAAUCUUCUUUCUUAUUUUAACCCUUAAAAUAAAAAUUCUUAUUACUGUCUUUCAUAAAUUCCUCAUAUAUUGAACUAUGACAAUUUGAAUCAAAGACAAUUACUCAGGUCAUGCUUUUCUUUAUUUUCUUUACCUUUCUGCUUGACAAUGUUGUGGUACUGUAGUGGAAAAAUUUGUUAUUUGUGUAAGAAUGAUUGUAACUGUAAGUAGUGAAAUUAUUGAUGACAUCCCAAGAGGGGCCAUUCUCACAGGCACUUAAAUUCAAGGGCCUCAUUUCCACUUGCUUGUUUUUGCGAUUACCUCGGCUAUUUUUGCAUUAAUAGGUGUCUGUCUGUGUGUUGGGCUGUCUUUUGUCUGUGUGUAUGUAUUUCAGCGUUUCUCUCUCUGUGUGUCUCUGUCUGUCAGUUGUACAACCUUCAAAAUUAGGUUUUGCCGGAAUUAUACUUUGAAAUUCCUCUCAGUCCUUUAUUGAUACCAGUUUAUAGGAAUGGACGAUUCACUUUUCACAAUUGAUAUAAACUGAUCUGAAUUAUUCUAUUACAGUUUGUGUUAGUAUUGACUGUUUACUUCACUUAUCAUGGUUUUGGUGCUAAAGGUUGAGUAGCUGGUCAUUACAAGAUUCACUGGGUCUCUCACUCAAUUCUAUGUGAAAUAUGUCAAGUGCCAAGUCACAUUGAUUACUUAUUUUCCCCUGCUCAAACCUCUGCCUGGGUAGCAAUUAAAAGUUACCAAUUUUCACUUAUUCAAUCAUGUAGUCUGAUUGUCCAGGUGAGAGUAGUCCUGAAUUGGGCUAUGUCUAACUCACAUGACUCUGAAGGUAACUUCUGUUUAGGGUGUUCGACAUCAGUUGGGACCAGGACCGCUCUAACCCGGACGAUCAGGCCACAUGAUCUUCGUUAUCUCUGGAUUGAAUCCAUUCACUAUAUCUUGACUUAGCUCUGGCUACCAACCAGACUCUGUACACCUUCAAGAUUUCAGUUCACUGUAGCGAAUAACUAAUAGAAGUCAGCAUUUUGGCAUAGCUAAUAAUAUUUAAUAGUAAAACACUUAAAGUCAGGUACUUAUGAAAUGGAUCUGAUUUUUGAUUGAAUGUCAGUAUGUAGAUAUUAAAAGUUCAGCUUCUUAAA